GCUCCCCUACCACUUUCCAUGGUUCCUGGAACUCAAGGGUACUUGGGGAUGCUUCUCUGAUUGCAGUUUUGGUUUGACUGGACAGGAUUACUCUAUAGGCCCAGGUUACUCCAAGACAUGGGAUUGUGAAGGUGACUGUGGCCUAUGUUCAUAUUUGGUGCUUGCAAUAUGGCCUGGAUCCAUGUACCAGAAUUGCUUAUAUGCUGCCAGUAGCUACUUGUGUGAAAUACACUGGGAAGCCAUUAACGUGUGGCUUAAAUGUGCUCCUGUUAGUGGUCCAUCAUGCCUGUGUUGUACUGAAGUCACCUCAUUCUUGACUGGGACGGGCCAGAACCCGACAGUGCCAGCCUUCAGUGGCUUUCUGCCCUGCCUCCCCAGCCAGGCUAUCUGUUUUCCCAGGCCUGUCUCUGGAACCACUGUGGAGUUUGGCUGAGGGCGGAUAAAAUUCAUUCUUAGAAGCAUUUCGGAGGAAGAAACUGGCCUCCAAGGGGAAGUAAAUCUGUGCCCUGUGAAAGGAAAGUGUUGUGCUUGUCUUAGGGUCAGCACAGUGAGGGGGAGGCACAUGACUGGACCGUGAUGUAGGAGCCUGGGGUGACAAGACUCCACCUCUCCCUCUGACCCUCUGCUUACUCCCCGCCCCCCAAAGUCACCAGGCCUGUGAGGAAGUCCAGGAGCCAGUACUUUCUUCAUGAGAGGAAGUUUGAGGAUUGAUGAGGAAGGAGGAGGUAUGGCAAAUGGCUGGAGUAGCUGGAAAACUGAAAGAACCAUUCCGGAAGGUGGUGCCUUUUCUUUUCUCUCUGCUGCCUUCCCUCUGCGCAAGAUGUUAGACGUUCCUAACCCUUCUCCACUACUUUCCAGCCUCCAUCUUUUGGGAUCUCCCUAUUAUUAGAUCCAAAACCUGAAUGACUCUUUUGAGUCAAUUUUUUUUUUUGAGCAAGUUUUUUUGUUUUUGUUUUUCUUUAGGGGACAUCAUGGACACACACAGGACCAGUCCAUCCUAGCUGGCUCAGAACAUUCUUACUAGCCCUCAAAAUUUCUUGUUCCUAGACCCAUCGGUCCUCAGCAAACUGAGGUAGUUGACCUCCCAAGUGGUUACUCUGGGCUCUACUUCAAUGUCUUUUCUCACUCUUCAGGCAGAGGCCAACAGAAAAAAAGAAAAGCCAGUCUCCGGGGUCACUCUAGGAACACCGUAACCGGGGUAGAGGUGACCUCUGAACUAGGGAGGAAGUAUGCUUAGAGUAUCUAGUCUCUGGAGUAGGAAGACUACUCCCCAAGGAAGAUAGAGCAGCCUGAGGAAAAGUGUAAAGACAACCCUUUCUGCUGGAAAGGGCUCUGGGUGGCCCUGGAGCUCUGAUCCAGAAGCUUCUAUCCAUAAACACAGAAUUCUUCCUGUCCUGGCGUUCUGGAGCAGAGGUUUCUGAACUUCCUCUGUUGUAAAUUCUCCACCUUACACACCCGGUGUGGUCAGAGUUCUUCCUCAACUCUGCCUUCAGUUCGUGCUGUGGUUUUGGCCUCCUUUGCAUCAUAUCCUCUGCUUGACAGUUACUGGGUCAACGCUGAUCUGGCUUUUCCCAACGUGAGAAAAGUGAGGGCACUGGGAAGCAUAAGGGGCCUCGACGGCCACUGUUACGCUUUACAUCUUUCCUGACAAGCGACAGGUGGAAAGUCAAAUGGUAAGACUCAUGGCGGUCUGAAGGAAUGUGUUCUUGGUGGAGACUUCAAAGAGAGAUGGCGUCCUUCCUUUCACCGAGGGAAGUCGAAGGAUGAGGCUUUUGGAGGCUGUUUAUCUGUUCACAUUCUUUUUUAUUUAUUUAAUUUUUUUCCCCCUGAGACAGGGUUUCUCUGUGUAAUAGCCCUGGCUGUCCUGGAACUCACUCUGUAGACCAGGCUGGCCUCGAACUCACAGAGAUCCUCCUUCCUCUGCCUCCUGAGUGCUGGGAUUAAAGGCGUGCACCACCAGCGCCCAACUCUUUCCAAAUUCUUAGAUGCUCUUGCGGUAGGGCUGGAGUGAGGAGGCAUCUCGGCUCCCGUGCCACCGCGUCUGUUCUUCCUUCUCAGCACAGCCUAGCUUAGCCUCCACUUUCUCCGUCCACGUUGAAACUGACGGUGCAAGGCUGUAAGGCUGAAGGAAAGGAGUGGUACCAGUCCUUGCCUAGGACCCACUGAGAGAGUCCAACAGGGUUGGACUAUAUGGUCAAGUGGGUAGGGGAAGGAGAAGAAAUCCACAUUUUGUGCUAUGAAGGAGAUCACUUAGACUUUGGCUUCUCUCCAAAGGAAUGGAGAGUUGGUUAACCUGUAAUGGGAGGUGCUGGAGAAGGCUUUUUGCCUAUAUCCACACCAAGAUCAUGGUCUGACCUGAAGUCAAGAAUAGGUUGCUUCCGCCUUCAUUCACUUUUUGCACAUUUUCCUUGAUAUCCCCCCGCCCCUUGUGUGUGGAUCGGUCUCUCUCGAUCUCAUGCAGCCUAGGGUGGCCUUGACCACGUGAAGUACAAAGAUAAUAUUUUUUAUUAAGCUAGCAGUCUCAUUCUGAGCCUUGCUUCCUCCUCCUAUGAUAUAAUUCAUCACUCUGUUCACCUCUCCAGUCUAGACCUGCAUUUUCAGACCACACCCCAGCCGACUCACUCCUGGCACCCCUCUUUCCUAGCUCACUGCCCUUUCCUGGGUACUUCUCAUUUAGCCCCACCCAGGGAGCCUUCCUCCUUUCCGGGCCGCUCUGGAACACAAAGAUUGUCCCUCUCGAACAGUAAAGGAGGGUGUGGGUUUUCUUCAGCCUCACCCUCAGGAAGAUGCAUCUUCCCUCCUCUGCUCUGCGGUACUUCCUCUCUGGCUGACUUAGCUGACAGACUUAGAAGUGGGACCAAGACCCUAGCACUAGGACCGAUUCAGGAAUUGUCUGUCCGAUGACUUUGCCCUGACCCUGGACGUGGCAUUGGCUUCUGAGCAGCAUCUAGGAAACCUUGUAAGUAUCCUAGGAAUUGGAUGGUGUAUGUGUCUUUGUGUGUGUGUGUGUGUGUGUGUGUGUGUGUGUGUGUGUGUAUGUGUAUGUCAGUGUGUUGUAUGUGUGUGUGUGUGUCUGUGUUUGAGUGUCAGUGUGUUGUGUGAGAGAUUGUGUGCAUGAGUGUGUCAGUGUGUUGUGUGAGAAUGUGUGUAUGUGAGUGGUGUGUGUGUGUGAGUGUAUGUGUGUGUCUCGGGUGUAGCUUGGAGAGGUGCUGAGACAGAAUCUCCAAAGACAGCCUGACCACUGCAAAAGGACUUGCCCUCGGGGCCUGUCCAUUAACCCCUCUCUGUCCAAGUUCUUCCUGGUACAUGCUGGUCCGCUCUAGAGAGAGUGGGUAGGUGACUGAAGAAAGUCGCAGGGCUAAGUGGAUAGAGGCCUCUCGGGAGACAGAAGAGCUAGCCUUUCAUGGGAUGCAGCAGUGGAGAGGAAAGUCUCCCAGGCUGGUGCUGGGUUCCGGGGUCUCUUAAGGGAAAGAGGGUGACAGGCUCUGGAAAGGCAGUUGUUGCUGUGUCUUUUGCAACUGGGUCUGUGGCAAAGAAGGGGCCCCACCACCCAGUUAGGAAAUUAGUCUUUCUCUUCAACCAGGUCCCUUUAAGACAACGAGGUUGACAGUGAUGUAUAUAUUUGGAGGUACCUCGGAAACUUCUGAUUUUGGAGAUCAGAGUACUCAUGCUAGUGUGAUGAGGUGCCAAGAAUCAAUCCCUUGGCUUUCUCCUCAUGGGCGUGCCCACUUUUACUCUCCAGGUCCUUUUGAUGGCUCCCAAUACUACAUCUCCUGCAGCAUCUUCCUCUCCCGGGGGCAUGUCUCUGUCUCUGCCUAUUGUCCUACUGUCUGUGGCCCUGGCUGUGGGGCUUCCUGGCAACAGCUUUGUGGUGUGGAGCAUCUUGAAAAGGAUGCAGAAGCGCUCUGUCACGGCCUUGCUGGUGCUGAACUUGGCUCUGGCCGACUUGGCUGUGCUGCUCACUGCUCCCUUUUUCCUACACGCCCUGUCUCAACGCACCUGGAGUUUUAGAGUGACCGGUUGCCGCCUGUGCCACUAUAUUUGUGGAGUAAGCAUGUAUGCCAGCGUCCUGCUUAUCACCAUUAUGAGUCUGGACCGCUCACUGGCAGUGGCUCGCCCCUUUGUGUCCCAGAAGAUGCGCACUAAGACGAUUGCUCGAUGGGUGUUGGUAUGCAUCUGGGUGGUGUCUUUUCUGCUGGCCACACCGGUCCUUGCGUACCGUACAGUAAAACGGUACAACAGGACUCUGGUCUGCCGUUCGGAUUACCCUAGCGACGGGCAUAGUGCCUUCCAUCUGCUCUUCGAAACCACCACGGGCUUCCUGCUGCCCUUCCUGGCGGUGGUGGCCAGCUACUCUGACAUCGGACGCAGGCUGCAGGCUCGGCGCUUCCGCCGCAGUCGCCGCACGGGCCGCCUGGUGGUGCUCAUCAUCCUGGCCUUCGCCGCCUUCUGGCUGCCUUACCACCUGGUGAACCUGGUGGAAGCCGGCCGCGCGCUGGCGGGCUGGGACAAGGACGACUCCGUGGGGCAGCGUCUGAAGCUGGCCCGCAACGUGCUCAUCGCGCUGGCCUUCCUGAGCAGCAGUGUGAACCCGGUGCUGUACGCGUGCGCGGGCGGCGGCUUGCUGCGCUCGGCCGGCGCGGGCUUCGUAGUCAAGCUGCUGGAGGCCACUGCCUCCGAAGGGUACAGCUCCCGCCGCGGGGGCACCCUGGGCCAGACCCAGAAGGCCACACCCGCCAGUCCUGAGGAAGGCCCCUCUGACAACUUGAUGACCUCCUCCACCCCCUCCUGAGUGACGUGAACUGCAGUAGGCUGGGUGCAAAGACAUUCGUUGACUCUGGCCUGACCCACUUCUGUACCUGGAGGAAAGUGGGUUGGGGGCUGGGCUCAAGCGGAACAGAGGGAGGGGUGGGGCGAGUCAGGGCAAACAGUCCGCAUGCUCGGGCCUGGCUUCUGCGGGCAGCUUUAACCAUUAAAACUAAAGUCUGAAAUCAGGUUAAGCCUGUGAAU